AACUUUUAAAGUCACUAUUGAACCCUCCAAAGAAGCUAUCCAUAUGGCCAAUAUGCCCAUAAAAAAAUGUUUAACAUCACUAAUCAUUAGAGCAAUACAAAGCAAAACCACAACAAGAUAUUAUCUCCUACUCCUAGGAAGGCCACUAUUAACAAAACAGAGAAUAUGUGUUGGGCAAGAUGUAGAGAAAUUGGUUCCCCUAUGCACUGUUGGUGGGAAUGUAAAAUGGCACAACCACUAUGGAAAACAGUAUGGUGGUUUCUCAAAAAAUUGAAAAUAGAAUUAACAUGAUCCAGCAAUUCUACUUCCAGUUAUAUACCCAAAAUAAUUGAAAACAGGGUCUCGAAGAGGUAUUUGUACACCUAUGUUCAUAGUAGCAUUAUUCACAAAAGCCAAGAAGUGGAAAGCUAAGUUGUCCUUUGAUGGAUGAAAUGGAUAUACAAAAUAUGGUGUAUACACACAAUGGGAUAUUAUUCAGCCUUAAAAAGGAAGGAAAUUCUGACACAUGGUACAACAUGGAUGAACCUUGGAGACAUGCUCAGUGAAAUGAGUUAGGCACAAAAAGACUAAUGCCAUAUGAUUCCACUUGCGUGAGGUGCCUGGAGUAGUCACAUUCAUAGAGACAGAAAGUGGAAUGGUGGUCAUUAGGAGCUGGGGAGAUGGGGGAGAGAGAGAGGGGGAGAGUUGUUUAAUGGGUGUAGAGGUUUAGUUUUGCAAGAUGAAGCAUUUUGGAGAUUGAUUGCCUAACAAUGUGCAUGUACUUAACACUACAAACUGUACACUUUAAAAUGGUUAAGAUGAUAAAGUUUCCAUUAUGUGCAUUUUACCACAAUUACAAAUAAACUUUUUUUAAAAAAGGGAAAAGUCACCACUGAACCCUCACUGCCCUGAUCUGUCUGCAGAGAAAAUAAAGGCUUUGUGUCCCGGCAGCGAGCCCUGCCAGAUGGCAGCCCCCCAGCCUGCCCCCUUUCCCUCAAAGGCAGGCGGCCUGCUUCUACUCUUCUUGCGGCAAGGCCCAAACGUGGGCUUGAGAAAAACUUUCAGUCUCAUUUAGAGGGUCAACCUCUAUCUCACAAGUUAGUUUAGCCAAGAACUCUUUCACUGUGACUCUACUUUUUGAGUUUUGUACUGCAUAGUCAGUAGAGAACAAAGGAAUGUUCUCAUCACGUCAGGAUGGUGCUCCUGAAUCUGUCUGGUGUGGUGAGCCUGAGAGUGGUUUCCUGGUACGGUGACACAUGCGCCACAACCCAUUCCGGAGCUUUCACCUGCCCACUCCUGAAAUAAAGACAUGCAUUUGACCACAGACUGGGUGCUGAGUUAAUGACUUUGACAAGACUGGACAGGCAGCUCAGGCUUCCUUUAUAUCUUCCAAACAACGGAUGAAUCAGGCAGUUCUCAGGCAUUUCAUUUAUUAUUUGGACGGUGAUUCUGGACACCAGUUGUUUCUUCAGCAGAUUUACAUUAAACCUUUGUUUUUACCUUUUGGGAGGUUGAUGUAAAACGCCUAACAGGGUUUUCUCAUAUUUCUGUUUUCCAGGGUCAUUUCAUGGACUCACUUCCUGUACUUGUUAACCAUGCUGCCUUGUUCCCAGGACCACACAGCCUACUAGCCAGUAGUCUCCCUUAGAGCACAAACUAGACUUCAGGUAAAUCCAGCUCAUGUGAGCUGUGGUUCUGUCAUGUUGCAUGCCUGUGAGUGUGGUAGUAAGUAAAGGUGUGAUUGUUUGAGCUAGUUAUUUUUGUUUUAAAAUUGUUGAUAAUUGCUGCCAAAGAAAAGUCAAUCUAUUUGACUUUUGUGGCUGUAUAUUUUUUAUAUAGAGGAAUUUAAAAAAAAUCAAUUACAUAUAUUUGGAAAUGGAACUGGAAAUACCACCUCCAGCUUGCCUCAAAUUAUAAUAUAUGAAAAACCAUGGGGGGAAGGUUUGGAUUGAUUUUCACUCUGAGUUUUGGCUUAACUAACAGACUCAUUGAGCAAAUUAGGGUUUUAAAGGGAAGUAAAGGAAUCUAACAGUUUUUUUCAGAUGCCUGCAUUAAAGAUGAAUGAGUCCCUUCAUUCUUUUGUCCCUCCUGUUCUAAAGUGAGAACGCUUAAAAUCUUUAGAAAACCUUUAGAGACUGGUUUUAUUAAAAUGUUUUUCUCCCCGAAAUGAGAGCCUUUAUGUUUUCCUCCUUUCUUUUCCCCAUCUCAGACUAGUUUUUGAGGGCUUCUGGGCUUCUUUUGGGGGUAUUCCUACUCUGUAUGAUAUAGGAGAGCAGCUCCAACAGAGUGCAGUACCUGGAGUCAUUACAAACGUGGAGUUCUGAGCAGUAAUCUCUAACGUUAGGGACCUGGGUUAGCUCUUCCAGUAGUUUAUGUAUAAUGAACAUACAUCUCCUCUCUGAGUAUUGAAAAAUCAAUGUAUCAGAGUGACAGAGUAAAGAUCCUUUCCCCUCACUUCCCCUCUUCAAGAAUCAUUGAUUCAAAAUCUCCCAAAACUAUGCCUCAAGGGGGUCUCUGCCUUAAGCUGACGUUUACGCCUGUUGAAUUUCUGAAUUAACAUCAUACAGCAAAUCAUCUCUUGAAAGUAACUGGUACUUGAACACGUGAUACUGUGCAUCUGGUUGAUGACUUGCAUUGCAGGAGAACCAGUUCAGUAAGUAACCCUUGUCCUUCCUGGGAACAGAAAGAAGUGUCUUGGUUCCUUUGUGAUGUGUAAAACAAUUUUUUGAAAGUCCUGUCAUAGUGGAAUGUAAUUUAGGUCGUGACUGCUGCUGUUACUCUUCUUAUUUUAGGUUAAAAUGGGCAACUCCGAGAGUCAGUAUACCCUUCAAGGAUCUAAAAACCAUAGCAAUACUGUUACUGGUGCUAAGCCAAAGCCUUGCUCCCUGAAAAUACGCAGCAUUCAUGCAAAAGAUGACAAGUCACUGCACAGCUGGAGUCACGGAAGCAGCGGAGCAGGUUACAAGUCCAGGUCUCUGGCCCGAAGAUGCCUCUCCCACUUGAAGGGUCAUCAGCCUUAUGCAUCAAGACCUGGUGGACCCAUAUGCAAAGUGUCCAAAGGCAGUGCCCACCCCAAGCACAGGACGGGUGCCCCAGGAAAUGAUUUCCAGGGCAGCAACGCUGCUUUCUCCGCAGAGAACGGCUUCCCCUGCUCUGGGCACCAGUGGGCGGACAAUCGCGGGGCCUCCAGGGACUGCAAUGGGCACCUUCUCAGCUGCUACAGGAGAAACGAGAGCACGGCCUGCGCUCCGCCGGGCGAGGACCGGAGGAGCCCCCGCGUGCUCAUCAAGACGCUGGGGAAGCUGGACGGGUGUCUCCGGGUCGAGUUCCACAGCGGCGGCACCGACAGCCCCGAGGCGCCGGGGGCCGCGGACGGGCCGGUGCAGCUGCUGCGCUUCUCGCCCGCCCCGGGCCCCGCCGCCACCGCCUCGCCGCCAAGCCCACGCCUCUGCCCCGGCGCCGCGCACGCACGCUCCAGCCAGGGCAGCUUGCUGAGCUCCGAGUCGUCCUGGUACGACGCGCCCUGGGGCCACGCGGCCGUCGAGGCCGGCGAGGCCGAGGGCCCCAUGCCGUCCAGGGGCGCGCAGAAGCCCUUCGCCCAGAGCUCGUCCCUCGCCUCCCUCCGCGAGCUCUGCCCUGACGCCGGCCCGCGCGGCCUGUCGCCCGAGGGCCGCCGGCUCUCCGAGGGCCGCCUUGGGCCGCGCGCCAGCCUCGGCAGCCGCGUGGCCUUCGCCUCGGCCCUUGACGUGCCGCUGCGGGCGGCGCCCGGGGACCCCGGCCGGUACGCGUCCUUCACCCUGCCCUGCCGGAAGCCCCGGGCCUGGGCCGAGGAUGCCACCAGGAAGGACUCCCUGAAGGCCCGGAUGCGCCGGAUCAGCGACUGGACGGGGAGCCUGUCCAGGAAGAAGCGGAAGCUGCAGGAGCCGAGGUCCAAGGAGGGCAGUGACUACUUUGACAGCCUCUCAGAUGGACUGAACGUGGAGAUGCAGGGGCCCUCUCUGGUGCUGGCUUCACUGUGGUCAGGGGGCUCGGCUCAGAUCGUGUCCCAGAGAAGCGAAUCUACUCAUGUGAUCGGCAGCGAUCCCCUCCAACAGAACAUUUACGAGAAUUUCAUGCGAGAGUUGGAGAUGAGCAGGACCAACACGGAGAACGUAGAAACGUCCACGGAAACGGCGGAGUCCAGCAGUGAGUCACUCAGCUCUUUGGAGCAACUGGAUCUGCUCUUUGAGAAGGAACAAGGGGUGGUCCGGAAAGCCGGGUGGCUCUUUUUCAAACCACUUGUCACUCUGCAGAAGGAAAGGAAGCUGGAGCUGGUGGCUCGGAGGAAGUGGAAACAGUUCUGGGUAACGCUUAAAGGCUGCACCCUGCUGUUUUAUGAGACCUACGGGAAGAAUUCUGCGGACCAGAGGAGCUCCCCGCGGUGUGCCCUGUUUGCAGAGGACAGCAUAGUGCAGUCUGUUCCCGAGCACCCAAAGAAGGAGAGCGUGUUCUGCCUCAGCAACUCCCUCGGGGAUGUCUACCUUUUCCAGGCCACCAGCCAGACAGAUCUGGAAAACUGGGUCACUGCCAUCCAUUCAGCCUGUGCAUCCCUGUUUGCAAAGAAGCAUGGGAAAGAGGACACAGUUCGGCUACUGAAGAACCAGACCAAAAACCUUGUGCAGAAGAUAGAUAUGGACAGCAAGAUGAAAAAGAUGGCAGAGUUACAGCUGUCAGUGGUGAGCGACCCAAAGAACAGAAAAGCCAUAGAAAACCAGAUCCAGCAGUGGGAACAGAACCUGGAGAAAUUUCACAUGGACCUGUUCAGGAUGCGCUGCUAUCUGGCCAGCCUGCAAGGCGGGGAGUUGCCAAACCCUAAGAGUCUCCUGGCGGCUGCCAGCCGCCCCUCCAAGCUGGCCCUUGGCAGGCUGGGCAUCUUGUCAGUCUCCUCUUUCCAUGCUCUGGUAUGUUCUAGAGAUGACUCUGCUUUCCGGAAAAGAACGCUCUCACUGACCCAGCGAGGAAGAAAUAAGAAGGGCAUAUUUUCUUCAUUAAAAGGGCUGGACACACUGGGAAGAAAAGGGAAGGAGAAAAGACCUUCUAUAACUCAGGUAUUUGAUUCAAGUGGCAGCCAUGGCUUUUCUGGAACUCAGCUACCUCAGAAUUCCAGUCACUCUCGGGAGGGGGUUGAUGAACUUAUACAUAUAUAUGGUUCAACAGUGGAUGGUGCUUCCCGAGACAACACAUGGGAAAUCCAGACUUACAUUCAUUUUCAGGAUAAUCAAGGAGUUACUGUAAUGAUCAAGCCAGAACACAGAGUGGAAGAUGUUUUGACUUUAGCAUGCAAGAUGAGGCAGUUGGAACCCAGCCACUAUGGCCUACAACUUCAGAGAUUAGUAGAUGAAAACAUCAAGCGCUGGAUUCCUGCACCGUAUGAAUAUGUGCAAGAACUGGUUUACGAUGAAAUAGAAGUUGUCCCGCUAAACGUUUAUGACGUGCAGCUCACAAAGACUGGGCCCGUGUCUGACUUUGGGUUUGCAGUGACAGCACAGGUGGACGAGCAUCAGCAUCUCAGCCGCAUGUUUAUAAGUGAUGUUCUCCCUGAUGGCUUGGCGUAUGGGGAAGGGCUGAGAAAGGGCAAUGAAAUCAUGACCUUAAAUGGGGAAGCCGUGUCUGAUCUUGACCUUAAGCAAAUGGAGGCCCUGUUUUCUGAGAAGAGUGUUGGACUCACUCUGAUUGCCCGGCCGCCGGACACCAAAGGAACCCUGUGUUCUUCCUGGUCAGACAGCGACCUCUUCUCCAGGGACCAGAAGAGUCUGCUGCCCCCUCCUAACCAGUCCGAGCUUCUGGAGGAAUUCCUGGAUAACUUUAAAAAGAAUACAGCAAAUGAUUUCAGUAAUGUCCCUGACAUCACAACCGGCCUGAGAAGGAGUCAGACUGAUGGCACGCUGGACCAGCUCUCCCCCAGGGAGAAAACGGGGCAAGCGUUCCGGAGUGCUGAACAAAUCACGGUGCUGUGUGGUUUUAACGACACCCAGGCCAAGGGCAUGGAAGGACCACGGGAGAGCCCGGACCCACCCUUGAGGCCGCUGGCCCGCCACCUCUCCGACGCAGAUCGCCUCCGCAAAGUCAUCCAGGAGCUGCUGGACACGGAGAAGUCCUACGUGAAGGAUCUGAGCUGCCUCUUUGAAUUAUACUUGGAGCCGCUUCAAAAUGAGACCUUUCUUACCCAAGAUGAGAUGGAGUCACUUUUUGGAAGUUUGCCAGAGAUGCUUGAAUUUCAAAAGGUGUUUCUGGAGACUCUGGAAGAUGGGAUUUCAGCAUCAUCUGACUUCAACAUACUUGAAACCCCCUCACAGUUUAGAAAAUUACUCUUCUCCCUUGGCGGCUCUUUCCUUUAUUAUGCGGACCACUUUAAACUGUACAGUGGAUUUUGUGCUAAUCACAUUAAAGUACAGAAGGUUCUAGAGCGAGCUAAAACGGAUAAAGCCUUCAAGGCUUUUCUGGACGCCCGGAACCCCACCAAGCAGCAUUCCUCCACCCUGGAGUCUUACCUCAUCAAGCCGGUGCAGCGCGUGCUCAAGUACCCGCUACUGCUGAAGGAGCUCGUGUCACUGACGGACCACGAGAGUGAGGAGCACUACCACCUGACCGAAGCAUUAAAGGCCAUGGAAAAAGUGGCAAGCCACAUCAACGAGAUGCAGAAGAUCUAUGAGGAUUACGGGACCGUGUUUGACCAGCUGGUAGCAGAGCAGAGCGGAACGGAGAAGGAGGUAACAGAACUUUCAAUGGGGGAACUUCUGAUGCACUCUACAGUGUCCUGGUUGAAUCCAUUCCUGUCUCUAGGGAAAACCAGAAAGGACCUUGAGCUCACAGUAUUUGUUUUCAAGAGAGCUGUCAUAUUGGUCUAUAAAGAAAACUGCAAACUGAAAAAGAAAUUGCCCUCGAAUUCCCGGCCCGCACACAGCUCUGCUGACCUGUACCCGUUUAAAUUUCGCUGGUUGAUCCCCAUAUCCGCACUUCAAGUCAGACUGGGGAAUACAGCAGGGACAGAGAGUAACUCCAUAUGGGAGCUGAUCCACACAAAGUCAGAAAUAGAAGGACGGCCGGAAACCAUCUUUCAGUUGUGCUGCAGUGACGGUGAGAGCAAAACCAGCAUCGUCAAGGUGAUCCGCUCUAUCCUGAGGGAAAACUUCAGGCGCCACAUAAAGUGUGAAGUGCCCCUGGAGAAAGCCUGCAAGGAUCGCCUGGUGCCCCUGAAGAACCGUGUUCCUGUUUCAGCCAAGUUAGCUUCAUCCAGGUCCCUAAAGGUCCUCAAGAACUCCUCCAGCAGCGAGUGGCCCGGCGAGCCUGGCAAGGGCAGCUCACUGGACUCCGACGAGGGCAGUCUGAGCAGCGGCACCCAGAGCAGCGGCUGCCGCGCGGCCGGGAGCAGGCAGGACUCCGGCCGGCACCCACCCGCGGGCCUGGCCGACCUCACAGACAGUCUCAUCAAAGAGAGUGACAUUCUGAGUGAUGAAGAUGAGGACGGCCGUCAGACCCUGGGACAGGGCAGCCCUACCAAAGACAUCGCCAUUCAGUUCCAGAGGCUGAGAAUCUCCGAGGACCCUGAUCCUCAUCCGGCCGAUCAGAAGCCUGGCACUGGCACGGAAGGCCAGCCGGGAGGGGAGCAGCCCAAACUGGUCCGGGGGCACUUCUGUGCCAUUAAACGAAAAGCAAACAGCACCAAAAGGGACAGGGGAACUCUGCUAAAGGCACAGAUUCGUCAUCAAUCCCUUGACAGUCAAUCUGAAAAUGUCAACUUUGAUCUCAAUUCUGUUCUUGAGCGAGAAUUCAGUGUCCAGAGUUUAACGUCAGUUGUAAAUGAGGAGUGUUUUUAUGAAACAGAGAGCCAUGGAAAGUCAUAGUACAAUGUCAAUCCCAAUAUGAGUUCAAUUGCUCAUUUCUCUUUUAAACUGGUGGUAAAGUGGAAAUAGCAGAAAAACUUCAUUAUUGGGUUUUGUACAGUACACAUUUUCCUACAAAACAGCUGUAAAGAUUUAAGUUAUUUUAAUUUAUUGUGGAUCAGAAAACUAGAUUAAACUGGUUAGAAUCUGUAAAUUACUUCACUUAUAUCCCUUUUGAGCAGUGAUCAAAAUUACUCAGAAUCCUUAAAAUCUCACUCUUAUUAUAAUUUAUGUGGAAAAAAUAAGAUGGGUUAUUAAUUGCAAUUCAUAGCUUUAAAAAAAUUUUCAUUCCUCGGGGCAUUUUCUUUAAGCUGUUAGUUUUUGCUUUGUUUAAAGCAUAUUUAAGUUAUUUACUGGGGGUUACGGGCACACUGUGCAGAUACUUCAUUUUUGUAAGGUUGUAAUAGAUGCUGUUUGUACUAAACAUGUCAUAUCUAUGCAGUAUGUAAUUAAAAGAAAGCUUGUACUGUA